AUGCACUACGGCGCCUUCGAUGUGCCCCACAGCCACAAGCUGACCACGCCGCUGCUUCAAGGCAGUGUAGUGGAUUUGGAGUACUUUCAGCCACAUGCGCCGGAGAUUGGUGGACGACCAACGCUGCGCAUCAUCAAUGGGACAGACGGGGAGAUGCAGGCGCAGAAAAGGCGGCGGCGGCUGCUGCAAGAUACGGGCAGGCGGACGCCCGGGUCGCAGUUUGACACAACUAUCAUGCAGCAAACAAGCGAUGCGACCGCCCCAUGCACGCAGAGCAUCGAGUGCGACCCGGCCUGGGAGGACGUGGCUCAGGGAGUCGUGUCUGUCUAUGCCAUCAACACACGCAUCAAGGCUCUCGGCCUCUGCACAGGGUCCAUCGUGAAUGCAGCGCUGGGCAGGAUCUAUCUGCUGACAGCGGACCACUGCUUCACGGACAAGAAUGAGAUCAGCGAUUUUGAAUACUGGCUCCUCAUCUUCAACUAUCAGAGCCCCUGCAACAAUGACACCGCGCCCCCCUUUACCCAAGGUGUGAAGCUGCUCUUUUACAACAGUGCUGCCGACGUGCUCUUGCUGGACAUGCCAAGCACCAUCCCCGACAGGUUCAAGCCAUUCUACAUGGGCUUUGAUGCUCAGGAUGAUGCAGUCCCCACCACUGCCGUGGGAAUCCACCAUCCCCACGGCAACAUCAAGCGCAUCUCCUAUGUCAACAACUCGAUCUCCACGCAGUUCACGCCGACGCGGUUCCCUCCCGGAGAGGUGCAGCCGACCACCAGGACCCACUUUGAGGUGAUCUGGACUCAGGGGUCAACCCAGGGUGGAUCGUCCGGUAGCCCUCUGAUUGACGCCAAAACGCGGCGCAUCGUGGGCGUGCUGACUGGCGGCCUCAGCACCUGCGACACCCGCAGCUCACCAGACUAUUUUGGCCGCCUUGCCAAGGCGUGGGACAACGGCCUCAAGCGCUUCCUGUCCAACCAACCGGAGGAGAAUGCGCAGAACAAGGCAGACCUGCAGAUCCUGGACAACUCAUACCGCGCCCAGAACCAGACCAUCGUGUACAACUUUCUCGAUGGCGAUCGCAAGCCGCGCGGCGCGCCAAUCGUGAAUUUCUUCCCGAUCGUUCAGACCUUCUACAACGACACCUGCAACGCCAACGUCACCGUCUACUUGACGGCCCCGCCUACCGAUGGUGGAGUGAUGACGGUGGACUUUGCGAUCAACUCGCUGCCCGGCAACCCGGUCAACGUGACAGAUUACAUUCACAUACAGCCCAACCGCAUCACCUUCACAUCGCAGAAUUACUCAUCCGAAGGCACCAUCAAUGUUGACACAACCAGGCUGAACGGCACAGCGGGGGGCCGGCUGCUGCGGUACGAUCUGGAGGCGACGAUGGUGAGCAGCGCGAACGCAGACUUUGUGCAGCUGAGCGUCAUGAAGGGCAUCGUGGAGGAGAAGAGAGUCAAGUGGUCUGAGUACGCGCCCAUCAUGGUCAACAAGCUGCCUUUUUACAUCAAGGCGGAGGUCGGCGCUCCGAUAACGUCGCCGUCGGGCAAGGCGUUGUUCCAGUGGCGGGCGGAGGAGGACGGCUCGGUGGACUUCUACAUCUGCGCUCUCAGUUUUGGGCAAAAUGCGAUUGGGCAGCGCCAGCGAAUCGGCGCCACCGUCUCCGUCUACCUCAAUGGCACCUUUGUCUGGACGCUGUCUCACGACCCUCUGGCGCUGGACCCGAGCUGCAUCCACAUCGUGGACGCGCAGGUCUUCGCCUACAGUACAUACCACGUCGUGGCCAGCGAUGACAACGACUUCAACGCUGUGCUGCCGGCCUGGGGCAUCCGGGAAGCAUAUGUCGGCCCUGCCAACACGCUGGCGCAGGCCAUCAGGGGCUCCAGUUUCAGGGCGCCGCUGCAGGGCCUCAACGCUCUGGCGCCAAGCGCGGCGGCGAAUUUUAGCAGCCGGCUGGUGGCCGCGGCGGCGGCGGGAACGCCGUCAAAUGACGGCGCCACGCCCGUGAGCGUGUCCCUUGGACCCUCGUCGGCCCCGGGGGGUUACACCAUUUCUGCCACCAAGCAGAACACCACCUCGAUACAGGGGCCGCAACUCACAGACCAGUACAACAACUUCCCGGACACUCCGGCUGCGCCAGGAGCUGACGGGCAGCAGGUGGGCACGCGGGCAGAGACAACGGGCAGCUCUGACGGCGCGCCGGUGCCGGCCGUGCCGCAGCAGCGGACGAGGAUAUUCGGCUCUGUCCUGAACAAGCUGACUGUCAAGAGCCCCGAGGAAGCAGCUGCAGCGGCCGCACCACCGAGUGGCCAGGUCGCCACAAAGUCCAUCAGCAUCCCAAUCAUCAACAUCCUGCCAUCCGGCGUGGGCCGCAGAUAA